GCCGGCCCCCCCAACACUCUGCAGCAGGCUGAACACAGAGGUGACUUGAACUGUGGCAACAUAUAUCGCUCAAUGCUUGGCAGGUUCUGAUGGGCUGAUGUGACACCUGACAACUUUAAAUCCUACUCUGCAAGUCACAAGGAUCAUAGCGCCUUUAUAUGUCUGGAGCCUGAAAGGUUAAAGCCUGGUCAAAAUGAGCUCAGAAAGAGGCGAGCAGGUUGUCGUCGAUACCUACUACACCACAGUCCACACACUUGGCAAGGAAAAUGACGGCAAGCGGCUCCGCUACAUGCAGAAAGACGGCCGCUUCCCGGUCGUUUUCCAGAAGGCCCCUGGAGACUGGAGCCCGUACUUUAUGGACAUCUUCACAACGCUUGUUGAAAUCCGCUGGAGGGUGAUGUUCCUCAUCUUCUCCCUCUCUUACAUCCUCUCUUGGAUCUUUUUCGGCCUCUGCUAUUGGCUCAUUGCAUACAUACACGGAGAUGUAGAUGAUCUGGAUAAUGCACCGUGCGUGGAAAACGUGCGGGGCUUCACCGGAGCCUUUCUGUUCUCCAUGGAGACGCAGGCGACUAUUGGCUACGGCUUCAGGGGGAUGACUGAGAACUGUAUCGUGGCCAUUAUCGUUGUGACGGUUCAGGAUGUGUUCAGCUGCCUCCUUGACACCAUUAUCAUUGGUAUUGCUGUUGCUAAAAUGGCAUCCGCUCGCAAGAGAGCUCAGACGGUGGGUUUUAGCAGCUGUGCCGUGGUCAACCUGCGAGACGGGGUUAUGUGUCUGUCAUGGCGACUUGGAGACUUCAGAGGGAAUCACAUCCUGGACGGUGUCGCCCGGGCUAUGGUAGUCCGAUAUGUGAAAAAGUCACAGGGGUCCAUUGUGAUGUCAUACCAGGACCUGGACAUCCAGAAUCGAGACAUUGUCCUCGCCACACCGGCCACCAUUAUCCACAAGCUGGAGCCUGAGAGUCCUUUCUACAGUCUGGGCCCUGAUGCCCUGCAGGAGGAGGACUUUGAGCUGGUGGUGUCUUUCACCUACACCGGGGACACUACAGGAAUGCUCCACCAGACGAGAACCUGCUACAAACCCACCGACAUCCGCUGGAGUCAGCGCUUCCAGGACAUGCUUAAAGUAGGGAAGAAGCAUUACACGGUGGACUACGCUCGCUUCAAUGAGACCACGUGGGUCCAGGUUCCUCAGGUUAGCGCGGAAGAGUUUCACAGGGGGAGACGUCCUGCAGUGGGGAAUCAGUACCACCGCCCUCUCUUUACAUCAGAAAAGACAAAUGGACACACUUACCAUGUGAAUAAUGACAUCACUGAGGAGGUGAUGCACCAAACUAGUUUGUAGCUUAAACAACCAGAAAUAUACUUUUUCUAAAUUGUAAUAACCAGUGGACUCUUACAGGUUUUAUGAAUGUAACAAUGUGAUACAAUGUACUCCUGUAAAUAUAUUUAUGUGUGUCUUUACAGCUUUUUUAUGCAUAAGCAGCAAUUCUUUGCUUAACAUUAGUAAGGCAGCAGGCUACCGGCUAGCAUGACGCAGCAGAAGCUUUCAUAUAAGAACAGGCAAGCCUUAGCCUAAAUCAUAAGCAGCAUAAAAUAAAUUGCUUGAUAUAAGUAGCCUACUGGUUGGCUUAAAUGAAAUUCAGAAGGGCAAGUAUGUUUUUAGUGUGAAGCCUUUAGGUUUAUGUUGUAUUGUAGUGCCGCACAUCCUUUCAAAUUCCCGUUCAAUAAUCACUGAAGAAAAAUGACUAUAUGUGAAAUGACCUUUUUUUGGCAUGUAAACCUUUUGUAAUUUUAAUAUUUGUUAGCACCCAAAAUGUGGGAAGUUUUGCUUAUUUUGUCAUAGAUGUUGGAGUUUCUCAACAGAUGUAAACAGGCAAACAAAGAGCAUCAAGCACUGAUACUGUUGGGAAGGUUAGAGUAUUAUACUUGAAUAUUUUUUUAACACUUUUUAUGCAGCACUGUGUUUUAAUAAAAAUCUGUUUUGGUAAAAGUGAGCUCACCAUAUUAUUCCUGUCAGUUAUACUGAAUGUGAAGUUUUUAAAAGAUAGCCCUCUGGGGUACAGCGUCUCAUUUUCAAGGGGUUCUAACCCAAAUUCAAAGUUAUACACAAACUUACAAAACAGCAUUACUUAACAAAUUACCAAAUAUCUGCAAUGAGACAGACGUCCAAAUGUACGCUGAUGAUACUAUCAUUUAUAGGCAUGCAUCAACAAAACAGCAAGCUGCAUCUAAGCUAACAGCAGUGAUGACCCAUGUCACACUAUGGCUUAGUAAUACAUAUGUCUAAUUUUUCAGGGAUCUCUUAUAGCAAAGGGGACCAACCAGUUUGAAACCUCGCCUUCCCCUUUAACUGACAUCUCCAUUGCCCAAUGACUGUAAAUAUAGAUUGAUAGCAGAACAGCUUCAAAAGUGAAGCCAAAACAUUUUGAUCACCACCUGGUGGCAAGUUUCUGUAUAGGCACUGUAAAGGUCUUGAAUGUUACACCUGCCAUGUAAACAUUUGGGCUGAAUAAAAAACUCAAAGUACUCAUCAAAUA